CUUAUAUAUGCGUGUGUAAUGGCGGAUUAAAAUGUAAAUUUGGAAAUAAAUAUUCGAAGUCUUUGACUUUUGUUUGUUGAAACGAUGGUAAAUGCACGUUUUCGUGGAGUUGAAUUAGAGGAAUCGGAAAAGUCUGAUGAAGCGAAACGACAAAAUCCAACGUCUGAAGCUGAACAAGAGUUGCUUCAUUCUAUGCGCGAGGCCUAUCUUGCGGAAAAUGUAAACAUUGAAAACUGGCAGCGUCUUGCUGGCUUUGGUAUUGGUGUUACAAGUUUAUUGAUAGAGGACUUUCUUACCCAUCCAUUUGUUGUUGUACGCAGGCAAUGCAUGGUAAAUAGUUCAGCUGUUUUCUACCAUCUGGCUCCUUUUUCUGUCUGUCGCAUCAUGGUGCAAAUAAGACGUAAACAGGGAUUAAGUACAUUUUGGAAAGGGCAGGGAAGCAAGUUGGCAGUGAGGGGAAUAAAUGUCAUUGCUGAAUUCUUAAUCAGUGAAGCAACAAGUGAACAGUUACCUCAAGAGGUUACACAUAGUGAAUCUGCAACACUGUCUAAACUGUUUGGACAUGUCCUUGGGAAGAGCAUGAGUAUUGUGUUAACUUUACCAUUUUAUACAGCAAGUAUUGCAGAAACAGUUGAAACAGAACAGAUACAGAUGAAUCGUAGUCCAUUCACCUUUGUCAAGGAAGGUAUAAUCCGUGUGAUUAGCUGGGAAAAUUCCUCAAAAGGUCAUGGCCGUCUUUUACCUCUUUGGUCACUGGUCUCACCUACAUUGCUACAUGGUAUAUUGCAAUACAUCAUUACUAGUUGUUUACAGCAGGUCAUCCUAAUGCAACAAAGAAAGAACACAAGCAGUGAAAACUCUCCAGAACAAUCAAUGAUUGGAUCUUAUUUCCCUGAGCUUAUGGCAAGUUUAACGAGCACAGUUCUCACAGAAGUUCUACUAUAUCCCAUAGAAACUGUCAUAUAUCGCCUUCACCUGCAGGGCACACGCACAAUGAUUGAUGACACUGAUAAUGGUUAUGCUGUUGUGUCACUUUGUACUAAUUACGAGGGGUUCUUUGAUUGUUUUUCAUGCAUCCAUGAAGAGGAGGGUAUUACAGGUUUUUAUAAGGGAUUUGGUGCUCUUAUGCUACAAUACAUUGUACAAUUACUUGUUUUGCGCUUUACAAGAAAAGUGUACAAAACAAUAUCUCAGGACUUUGGGGAUGUUCAAUGAUGUCAUGAUAGCCUCUAACGAGGUUAGAGUAUUUAUGUUAUAUAUAUUGAAAUGUAAUAAAAUAUGCUCACCUUCAA